GCGGGAGGUACAGAGAGAGAGAGAGAGAGAGAGAGAGAAAGGGGGCGCCGGCAGCACGCACGGCGGCAGAGUCCGAGCUGAACGCCAUGCUGAACGCACCGCUUCUGCUCUUGUCUCACCUGCUGCUCCUGGGCACGGCGGAGAGGAUCCCACGGCUGAAAUUCCGCCGCACAGAUCAGCCCCGGGUGGAGUUUGGAUCUCCGAGCAGGACCUCAGUGGAAUACACCGAGCAGUCGGACACCCUCUACCUGGGAGCCACGGGGGGCGUGUACCUCCUGCGGUUCACCAACGUGGAUGUCUCCCAGACCCUGAUCCCUCUGUCCCUGGAUGACACCACCAGGAAGAGCUGCCACAGCAAAGGGCCACCAAGUCAGGACCUGUGUGAGAAUGUGGUCACUGUGAUUCAGAGGGUUAACCAAACUACAAUCAUCAUCUGCGGGACUCACGCUGGAAACCCCAAGUGCUGGUUUUUGACCAACAACGGGACUCAACUAGCAAGUGACAAAGAGGGACGCGUGCUGGUGAGGGAUGGGAAGGACAUAUCACCAUCAACGCCAAGUCAACGCCCUAUCACCAUUGCAGUCGGUGAAGACCUGUACUCAGCAAUUUCCAGCACCAGCCAGAACAGUGGUUCGAUUCAGCGGAGUUACGGAAGGAUGAAACACCUGAAGUCCGAGGACAGAUGGUUUCAGAAUCCAACAUUUGUGGGAUCUGCUUGGAUUCAGCUGAAAGACAGCAACAAGGAUGAGGUUUACUUUUUCUUCAGGGAGACCAACGACAGCAUUGCGUUAGAUGGGGAACCCUACAGGGCCUACAUUGGACGUGUCUGUAAGAUUGACGAAGGUGGAUCGAAGACUGCUGGUCAAGACUUGUUUUCAACGUUCUUGAAGGCGCGACUAAUCUGUGGCUUCCCAGCCGAAUCAAGGCUUUUCAACAAGAUUGAAGAUGCCUUUGUCCUCCACGUGGAGGAUGAUCAGAGGAACAGCGUGGUGUAUGGAAUCUUUUCAAGCUUGUGGAACUCCACCGCUGUCUGCGCCUAUUACCAAGCGGAUAUAGAGCGGGCAUUCCGAAACUCAAGACUGAAGGGCUUCACCGGCAACCUACCAGGGGGCCACUGGCCAGGAAUGUGUGUCAAGGGGAGCGCGCCCAAAGUCAUUCAAGCUAUUAGAAACUUCCCAGAAAUCGAGAAGCCUAUCUACCCAAUCCGGAGGCACCCACUCUACGUCAUGAAGCAUAACAACUACACCAGGAUUACAGCUGACAGAGUGAAGGGGGCCAACCAGGACUUCUAUCAUGUCAUAUUCCUUGGUACAGGAAACGGGAAAAUCCAUAAAGUCCUUCACAACAAUGGGAAGUCCUUCAUCAUUUCAGAGCUCAGCCUUUUUAAGGCUGAAGCUCCGGUCUCCACCAUGACGCUGGACUCGAGCACGGGCCACCUAUUUGUUGGAACACCAAUGGAGACAGUGCGGCUCCCGCUAGCUAACUGCGGAGACUAUGGCAGCACCUGUGUGCAGUGUGUUGCUGCCAGGGACCCAUACUGUGGAUGGAAUAGAACCAAUGGGGAGUGCGUGGCUGUUCCUCAGACCCACAAUGUUAGAGACAGUGAGGUGGUCCAGAAUGUUGAGCAGCUCAACGUCUCUGUUUGUGAUGGUGCAUCAGACGUUGUGGCUUUGAGCGAGGAGCCAACAGAGCUGAUCAUCAGUUCGGGUGCCUACCUCUACCUGCCCUGCCCGGUGAAGUCAUACCACGCGGUCUAUACAUGGAGCUACAACCAGAAGGAGCAGUUUGCCUGCACCAUCAAAGACGACUCCUGCCCACUCAUGUUCAAUGGGGAGGUCCCGAUGAGUGAGGGGCUCUUCAAAUGCACUGCCAUCGAGGAUGGGCUGAAGGAGGAACUUGCUGCCUAUAAAGUUACACUGAAUGUAGGGAGCACCUUGGGGCUGCAGAGCACAGCGCUCCUCCUCAGUCUUGCUGCCUUGUGCUCCCUGCUGUAGAGGGGCAGCAGGUUACAGAGUAAGAGUACUCUAUACUGAAUGUACACUCUUGAACCCCAGGGAAUGAAGUUGGCUUCUUAUCGAAAAUGCAAUUUAGUUUGAAUGCAUCAACUGCAGUCUCUCCAACUCAAAUGGCCAGUCCAACCACUUCUGCCCCAUCUUCUCCCACAGAGACACUAUACUACACUCUCCCAGUGUCUGACCACAGGCCACUGUCACUCCCCCUCCGUAAAGCUGAGCUGGUCCGCACAUGCUCAGCCUCGGCAGUGGGUAUUGGUGUCAGGGACCCCAGCCACCAGCUUUUCUCAGGCUAAGCCCUUACCCUGGGAGUGGUGUUGGUGCUCAUGAGGAACAAAAGCCGAAUCGGGACUGGGGAACCAAUUUCUACUAUCGCGGCUCCUCUGCACAAAACCACCGCAUGUUGCCCAGACAUGGCCAUCUCCAGUAAAGUUCACUGGUGUGAUGGUAAAGUGCUCAUUAAGGGGUGGGAGUGAAAGCACAAAUGUGCAAAAUAAAGGGGAAGCUUUACUCCAAAUCCAGCCUACACCAUUCCUGCCCUGGGAGUGUGUGAUGGGUUAAUGUACUGGGAGCUUAACUCCACACCCAACCUGUACUGUCCUUGCUUUGGGAGUGUUGAUGGGGCAGUGUAGAACGAGUUUUACAGCCCAGCAUAUAACUGACUCGGCACUUUUGAAGAGUGGUGCAGAAUGAUCUGGCGUUGGAGUGGUGUAGUGAGAGCUUUACCAUCAAACUAAUUUGUGUCCAUGCUUACGUUACGACAGAGUGCAGUUGGUUCCAAAAGUUGCAUAGUAACACAGACAGGUAUUUUACAUCUUCCCCAUCAGGUGUCACAAAACGAACUGAAUCUAACUUUUGUUUUCCCCUCUACCCACUAGUGUCUAUGCACAGGGGAGAGAGAGGGGUUUUUAAGAACAUCUUCCCUCAACAACCCCUCCACUUAGUAAGCUGCGCAAUAUGUGGCUCCUGGGUGGCGGGGGAGAUUGCAAAGACUACAGUCGGCCACUGUGCAGAGUUUGCUCAGUUAACUGGCAAUGUCACAGGGAUGUUGAUCAUAUACAAAUACCAACAAGUUUCCACGUUCCUUGUACUUUGAUGUACCACUCUGCCUAGUUGUGUCGACUCUCUCUGGUACAGCAGCCUGACUCUCAAGCACUGUAACACACCACCCAUGCAGGCCUGUUGCAGUCUAUUCCACCCAAUGCUUUCCGAACCAAUUAUUGAAUAGGGGAAAAGGAAUGUGGGAAUUCUGAAUGUUUUCUUUGGAUGGGCAGUGGCUGAGCAUUUGUGGACCCACAGCUUCAGGAUACAACACUGCUGAAUAGUGUCAUUCAGGGAAUGUAGUGACAGAGGAAGCAGACCUUGUGGCUGGGGCAAAGACCAGAGCUCUGUUGGUUGUAUUGAAUGUGUAAGCAGUGAAUGAAAGAGGGUAUACCACAGAGCUCUGUUGGUUGUAUUGAAUGUGUAAGCAGUGAAUGAAAGAGGGUAUACCACUUGGUUCCAGUUUAUUGGGACACACACAUGCCCGAUUGUAGGGGGCCACGUAGAUUUAGAGCAUUUGUAGGAAGUGGUCCAACAAUUUUUUAAAAAAAACACAAUAAACCAAGGAUGGAAUAAUCUCAUUGUUUGAGGACAGAACAUUCCUACAUGGUGGUGUAGGCCAUCUUGCAAUGACUUUUCUACAAAUGAGGAUCAGAUUGCCAGGACUGCCAACUUUUUAAGCAAACUUAAUCCCACCCAUUGCUCAUUUUGGUAAACAAGGCAUUUUGCUAGACCACUUCCGGAGGCAUUAAGGACCAAUCACACACCAUUCCAACAACCUGCGUUUAUAUCGUGCCUAAAACUUAGUUUUUAAAAAAAAAUCACAACGUGCAUUUUCAGACAAAAUUUGACCAGCACUGGGAGAGAAUGGGGUUGGCAUUGUAUUUCAUGCUCAGAUAAGCUGUUCCAUCAGUAUCCCAGGAACCAAGUAAGGAGCAGUUUUGGACAGGGAUGAGGGUGGGACAGGGGCACAUUACCUUCCAAUAAAGCGAUCAAGAUGAGACAAGAACUGCCCACUGCAUGACCACUUUACCACCCUUCAAGUGCAAUUGGCAGGUACACUGUCAUCUGAGACAUCUUCUCUGCUCGCUUUCCAUUACAUACAGCCAAUAUCCUGCAGUCAAAAGAUUCAUGAUGCUUAAAGAAGCAACAUUGGCCUUUAUAUAACUUGUCUAUGAAUGUAGGGCCCAUGGCAUUUAAAACAAUAUUUCCCAUUUAGAAUGCUUUGCACUGUAAAGAUGUUAAACUCCAGUAUUUUAAAAUAGCAUUGGUUUAAUUUUAUAAGUCUAUUUGCAUUGUCUGUGAUCAGAAUAUCUGGUCCAACCUGAACAAAAUGUUUAAAUAAACAACAGCGUUAACAUGC